UGAAACUUAGUUUCCUGUUAACAAUCUCCUGCACAUUGACUGUGUGCAAAGGAUUUUGAGGGGACUGAAAAUGUUUCUUCUUCUGAGUUGUUGGAUUAUUGCAGGUGUUUCAGCAGAGGACCCACCAACGAUGCACUACAGGGAGAGAAACAGCUAUUUAUGUCUAAAAAUCAGAAAACCACCACCACAUAAAGACAUCAAGUGGCGUUUAAAUGAGAAAGUCAUUGUUAUGCAGAUGAACAUCACACCUAAGUACAUAGGUAAAGUGAAUUAUAAUCCACAGGACCACUCAGUGUGUAUCAAAAACCUCAACGAGACAGACAAUGGCAGCUAUCAAGUUUCAGUCACUGAUGGGAAUUAUGAUGAAUCUGUGGAGAAACACAUACUGAUUGUGGAAGAAACUGUUCCCACACCUGUCAUUAAGAUGUCAGGGCAGCACUCCAACCUGUCUGCUGGAUUCUGCAACAUCACAGUCAACUGCUCCAUCCAGGACGACUGGGUGUGGUCUGUCUGCGAUGGAGACAGUUGCACAACAUCUCAGAGAUCACUGAGGAAGGUCAACAUCACCAUCUCAACCGACACCAGAUCUAUUGUGUGUCGUGGCAACAACCAUGUCAGCACAAGCAAUGUUUCUGAAAGCAUAGAGGCAAGGUGCUCAAGAAAAUCUAAUUCUGAACACGAGGAGCCAUCAGGACCACCCACUGUACAAAUAAUACUUAUCGCAGUGUGUGUGUUCUUCUGUGUAUUUGCUGUCUGUGUGGCCAAGGGACUUUUUUCAACAGGCCGUAACUCCUUUCAGGGUCAGACAUCUUCUGCUCAGUUAAUAGAAAACCAGCCAGUGGAUGCACAGCCUGCGCAGAGAGUCUCUACCUCUUCCUCCAGUCAAGCUGAGGCCUCUUAUGAAAACGUGGAUACGUCACAGCCCUGCCAGACCAGCAGCCCAACCAUCAGCCCAAGAGAGGGCUUGGGAUCUGCGCAAAGUCAGAAAGUAGAUACUGUGUACAGCAUUUUACAGGCACCAAAAAUGACUUCCUCGCUAGGCAAGGUUGACGGCAGUGAAGAUACGAAAGGACCCAAGGACGUACAAGAGGCAUCGGCGUCUCAGUAUGUCAUCCUGGACGAGGCACAGCACUCUGCAAAAAUUGACACAGUGUACAGUGUGUUGCAAAAGCCAAAAAUCUGAAGUCACAGCACCACCGAUACGUCAAAUUUUCAGAAGACAUGAGAAGAUGAACAUGACAAGUUAGACUCUGUUAGUUGAGCAGGUUAGACUCUGUGAAAGCCAGAAUUAUGAUAUUGACGUUCAUUCAGUAUUCACUUGAAACUGGAGGACACUUCUUUCGUGAUUUUCCAAUUUUUUUUUUUUUUACAGUUUUUUAGUAUUGGUAUUUGUAUUUUUCCAGAAGAGAUGAGAAGCUCAUUUAUAUUUUUUCUUUACAUGAAAAAGCAAUCAAACAAAAAAAAAAAAAAACUCAUUCAUUCGUCAAGUCAUUUGUGAAUGACCCACCACUAUAACAUGUUUUUUUAACAGACUUCUUUGGAUUGUUGCAUCCUAAAAUGCCUGAUUUCAAAGGCAGCUUUUCAAAAAAAAAAAAAAAGCACUGCAUGUUGUUACGUCUUUGGGCAUUUCUUUCUUUUUUUUUUUUCAAUGAAAUUGCGAGAGCAAGGGAAAAUGGUGAAAAACAUUUUUUUUUAAAUUUAUAAUUCAUUAAAAAUUAAAGGCAACUUGUUCCAGUCCGAAAAAACAUGGCUAACCAUGCAUAUUAGGCUAACUCACCUUGAUUCUUUUAGCAUGUUUUGAUGAUUUGUCUUGUCAGUUGUCCAUGCACUCAGCCAUUCUCUACAUGUGUUUUGAGGUAGAAAAAUCUUUGUCAAACGUUGUGGUUUGUGUUCCACCACAAUUUUGCACACAGUGCAAAAUAGUUAACCCCUGUUUUCCUGCAGAAUAUCAGGGAUUUGCCUUGCAUGAUCUUUACCAGUGGUAUUUGUUGGUAAAUGUGAGAUGUUUGUGUUGUACGUCUGCAUCUUCACAACUGGAAAGAAGGAAAUGAGUUUGGUGAUGAUAUGCAUGGUACUGCUAUGAUUCGUAAAACUAAUGGAGGACUACAAUGAUUGGGAACAUUUGCGUUAAAGUUGCAGUGAUUGGACAAAAUUGCAAUGUUGGGCAGAGUUCUCAGGGAUUGGUUGAAUUUGCAUGAAUUGUUGCAGUCGCGUCCUCGCAAUAAUCCUGAAAGGCUGUGUAAGGUCCAGUGUUAUCAACUGCAGCAGCAGUAUGCUGCAGACCUUCAGCUGAACAGAGAGUUUGCCACAAAUAUUUCAUGCAUAACUCAACCAGGACUCAAUGAAAAUCUUACACAGUAGUAGUAUCAUUUUUAGGUGCUCGCAAUGCAAACCAAGCCUUAAAGCCCGAACAGGAAAAAACGCAGAAGUUAUGGUAUUUGAUACAGAUUUUUCAAUGUGACAUACAUACAAAGCAGUGACCCAGAGCUUAAUGGGGACAGCAGAAUUUAAAUUAAAAUUGGUCACUAAAACGUUUUUAGACUUGGUGAAAGUUUUAGGUUGUUUCUACUUGUUUCUGUACAGACAAAAGAUGGAUCUUUGCUGAUUCAAAUAAGGCUAUUACAUUGAAGGACUUGCAUUAUAGCAUCUUGUGUGAUUUCAAAAGUUGUAUAUACUGUACAGGAUUCCUAUUUUGUUAAUAAGCUGACACACAGAACAAUAUACUGCAUGUAUGGAGAUGUAAGAGGAGACACUGUAUUGCACUUAUUGAAGCUUACCAAAGUUUGUCUCAUUUGUUGGUGAGGAUGUUUUAUUGUUUUACUUGACAGACCCCAAUCACUGUGCAGUUAAAAUAGGAGUACCUAUAAAUGACCACAUGGGGGUGCCAAAUUACCUUAAUUGAUACCUACACAAUGUAAGUGCUCCUUUGUAAGUCUGGGACUGUUGGAGGUAGUUAUGUCCCAGGAUGCUAUGUCAAGGUGACUAAUGAGCCACAUUCUCAAAAAGCUUUAGUACCUAAUAAUAUCUUCUUGAAAUUACUUACAUUAAACUCAGAGUUUAAUUCCUGGCAGCAUUGUGUUCCAGCAAACACAAUUGACUGCUCAGGGGUCACAUCCUUAGCACUGUACUAAUGUAUGGGACUGAUGGUUCUGAGCAAGUUAGCAAGCUGCAGGCCUUUCUGUACCAUCUCUUUACUGAAAAUGAAUGACCCCAUUGUUUUGCUUGGACCUGCUGUAUUAAAAAUUAGAGCAGAACAGAGUGGGAACCUUUGUGUCUGAUUUUUUCAGACUCAGCCCUCGUUGCGUUGCCUGUUAUCUUCUUCUGAUGUUUCUGAUUGAGAAGCAUUGACCGCACACUUCCUCAUGUCACCAUCAGUCGUCAUUGUUUUCAAAAUAUUCUGUUAAAAAUUAUGCUUUAAUCACUGUAUUAUUUACCACUGAUGCAGUGCGUUUGACUAAAUC